AUGGCGACCAUGCUGGGUCUUGUGAGCUUUCUGGUGAUCCUGAACUCGGCGUGCUGCGGACGAGCACAGCUGGCAGGGGAGAAUAGAUCUCCUAUUAAAAACAUGCAGCUAGAUUCAAGGAAAAGAAUGUUAACCUGGAAUUACAUAAGAAAUGUGAGUGAGCAGGAAUGCCUGAUAUCUACCCCUCCCAACUCUCCCACCAUGCCUAGCUUUUCCACCAUACAAGCCCCAGAGGUCAGAGAGGACAGCACGUACUUCUGCAUCUUCCGAAACCGCGUGCUGCAUAGGGGAGCCAACCUGACCGUGAGGGUCACCUGUGACGGGGCCAAAUUCCAGGAAGUCGUGCCUUUUGCGAACCCAGGCAGGGAAGGUUCCGGCGCCGUGAACUUCUCCUGCUUCAUCUACAACGUCCGUCUCAUGAACUGCAGCUGGGCGUCCGGCCCCCGAGCCCCCGCCGACGUCUGCUACCGGCUCUUCUGGUGGGCCUCCCUGCACGAGGACGAGGCGGAGUGCGUGCAUUACAUCACGGACCCCACGGGGACACGCGUGGGCUGCCAUUUCGAUGAACUCGGUGAACCCCAGGGUAUGGAUAAUUACUUCUUCCUACUGAAUGGGACCAGCAGUGAGACCGCAAUCCCGUUUUUGGACUUUGUUCCAUUUGAAGCCCGUAAGAUCGAAAAGUACGACCCCCCAACAAACAUCACGAUCGCCCACAACACAUCGCAUCACAUUAUCCGGUGGGAGAACCCCGAGAUGAGAUACGAGCUUUCGCCUCAAGUCUUGUAUUAUGAGCUGGACAUCCAAAGACCAGGAAGCUCUGAGAAGGUUCGUCAUGUUUUCCAGAGGGGACAAGACGCGAAUGUGUACGUGGUGCCGCGUUCUGCCGUCAGGCCGGACACCACGCUCCGGGUGAGGGUGCGCUAUCUGCGUAAUGAGCUCUGGAGCGAGUGGAGCCCAAUGCUGCGUCUCGGCCUCCCGGAGCAGGAUUUCCACGGCGCCCUGGUCGGGGUGCUGGUGGCGGCCACGGCGGUGCCCGCGCUGGUCCUCGUGUGCUUCUGCAAAUGCAGGUACAGUCUGUUCCCCCGCAUCCCGCAGGUGAAGAAGGAACUCACCGGGACCCUGUUCUCCCCGGAGGUCUCCUGGGACGAGGGCCGCCCUCCGCCAGGCUCCCAGGAGCCCGAGGACGUCCUCAUCGUGGAGGACCUGUCGUGA